GUUCCUUCUCACCAAUCCUGCAAACAUGAAGUGCUUGGUGUUUGUCCUCCUGGUGGCUGCCGCUUGCGCUUCUGAAGUGGAGAAGCGAGAGGCGGAGCCAAGCACAGGAUACCUUUAUCCUCCUUAUGGUAGCCACCACAGCACUCACUACCAUGCUGGUCGUUACCACCCUCUUCACAAGAGGUCAGCUGAGGCAGAGGCCGAGCCCUCUAACCUUUACUAUCCUAGCUAUCCCCGCAACUACCAUUACGGCUACUCAUCAUACCACCUCCACAAGAGAUCUGCUGACCCCGUAGCCGAAGCUGAACCCAGCUACGGGCCCAUCCAUUCCCACCACGACUCCUACACCCCAAACCACCACACCUAUACUCCCUACGUGAACCAUCCUCAUAAAAGGUCUGCCGAAGCCAACUCUAGCUACCAUCAUGCCUACGACACCUACCAUUACCAUGGAGUUACCACCGGUCACGGCUUCCAUUACCGUUACUGAGCACCAGGAGUUCUGAUACAUUGCUUUUAGUAAUUUUCGUGUCUUGCCAU